GACGCAGGGCGGGCCGCGCCGCGCUCGCUGCGCUCCGGGCCCUGAGGCCGCCGUUGUUCGCGCUCCCCUCAGGGCGCCCCAAGGCCGCGGCCCCGGGAGCCCCAUGUGAGACGCGGCCAUCGAGCGGGGCGGCCGGGCUGACCGCCAGCCACCGGGGCCACCGGAGAAAAUGACAUCGCGGAGAUGGUUUCAUCCAAACAUUACUGGAGUGGAGGCAGAAAACCUACUGCUAACCAGAGGAGUAGAUGGCAGCUUCUUGGCACGACCCAGCAAAAGUAACCCAGGAGACUUCACACUCUCUGUUAGACGAACUGGAGCUGUCACUCACAUCAAGAUCCAGAACACAGGGGACUACUAUGACCUCUAUGGAGGAGAGAAGUUUGCUACAUUGGCUGAGUUAGUCCAGUAUUAUAUGGAACAUCAUGGACAGCUCAAAGAGAAGAAUGGAGAUGUUAUAGAGUUAAAAUACCCACUCAACUGUGCUGAUCCUACAUCUGAAAGGUGGUUUCAUGGCCAUCUCUCUGGAAGAGAAGCUGAAAAACUCUUAACAGAGAAAGGAAAACAUGGAAGCUUCCUCGUGCGUGAGAGUCAAAGCCACCCUGGGGACUUUGUUCUCUCUGUCAGGACAGGAGAUGAUAAAGGAGAGAGUAAUGAUGGGAAAUCCAAAGUGACACAUGUCAUGAUUCACUGCCAGGAUCUCAAAUAUGAUGUUGGUGGAGGGGAGAAAUUUGACUCUCUGACAGAUCUAGUGGAACAUUACAAGAAGAACCCCAUGGUAGAAACUUUGGGCACAGUGUUGCAACUCAAGCAGCCUCUGAAUACCACCCGUAUUAAUGCUGCAGAGAUUGAAAGCAGAGUGAGAGAGCUAAGCAAGCUAGCAGAGACUACAGAUAAAGUCAAGCAGGGCUUCUGGGAAGAAUUUGAGACUUUGCAGCAACAGGAAUGCAAACUUCUCUACAGUCGGAAAGAAGGUCAGCGGCAGGAAAACAAAAACAAAAAUAGAUACAAAAAUAUUUUACCCUUUGAUCAUACCAGAGUUGUUCUACAUGAUGGUGACCCAAAUGAGCCCGUUUCAGACUAUAUCAAUGCUAAUAUUAUUAUGCCUGAAUUUGAAACCAAGUGCAACAACUCCAAGCCAAAAAAAAGCUACAUUGCUACCCAAGGCUGCCUGCAGAACACGGUGAAUGAUUUUUGGAGGAUGGUGUUUCAGGAGAAUUCUCGAGUUAUUGUUAUGACAACAAAAGAAGUUGAACGAGGCAAGAGUAAGUGUGUCAAGUACUGGCCUGAUGAGUAUUCCCUGAAGGAAUAUGGGGUCAUGCGUGUCAGGAAUGUCAAGGAGAGUGCAGCACAUGAUUACACAUUGAGAGAACUGAAACUUUCUAAAGUUGGGCAAGGGAACACAGAGAGGACAGUCUGGCAAUACCACUUCAGAACCUGGCCUGAUCAUGGAGUCCCAAGUGACCCUGGUGGUGUACUGGACUUUCUAGAGGAGGUGCACCAUAAACAGGAGAGCAUUUCUGAUGCUGGGCCAGUUGUGGUCCACUGCAGUGCUGGGAUUGGGCGAACAGGAACGUUCAUUGUGAUUGAUAUUCUUAUUGACAUAAUCAGAGAAAAAGGUGUGGACUGUGAUAUUGAUGUUCCCAAGACCAUUCAGAUGGUGAGGUCCCAGCGCUCAGGGAUGGUGCAGACAGAAGCUCAGUACAGGUUUAUUUACAUGGCAGUGCAGCACUACAUUGAAACACUACAGCGCAGGAUUGAAGAGGAGCAGAAGAGCAAGAGAAAAGGUCAUGAAUACACAAACAUUAAAUAUUCCUUAUCGGACCAGACAAGUGGGGAUCAGAGCCCUCUCCCACCCUGCACCCCAACCCCAACGUGUCCUGAAAUGAGAGAAGAUAGUGCUAGAGUAUAUGAAAAUGUGGGGCUGAUGCAACAGCAGAAAAGUUUCAGAUGAGAAGAUGUGCAGAGACUUCCAUGCAAAGAAGCGAAUACGGUUUUUAAAAAGGUCAAGAAAGAGAUGGAAGAAGCUUCACAUGAACAAUGAACUCUGAGGACUUGGUACCUUUUUAUUUACAGUUUUAAUCCUUUACCAGUAGGCAAAACUUAAGACCAUCUAAAGAUUGUUUCUGUCUCUUCGCUCCAGAACGUGAUUGACAAUUGCUCAUUUUCCAAAUAAAAGGAAAUCCUUUCUACAAUGUAGACAAAUACUUUGUAGAGUCAGUUCUGAAUCCAGCAAGCUGUUGGACUGUCAUCCCUUUGGUUUUUUAAAUAGUAUUUUUGUUUCACUGUAUGGCUAUUAGUCAGGUUUUUUUCCUUAUUUGAGCAGUUGUGGGGUAUUUUUUUUUUUUUAGGGGGGGUGGGUUGGGUGGUGGGAGAGCAAUGAUGUGGAUAAAUCCAUUACAUUAUGUAAAAUACUGAUUGAUGGGAACAAUACUUGAUUGAAAACAGUGGAUCACCAGCAUGAACAGAAUCAGCUACAUGAUAAAAUUAGUCCUAACACAUUUCAAACUCUGUCUGAGUUUCACAGGGGUGAGCAGUUAUUGAUUAUGAAGGUGCUUUUUGUUAUAACUGAUGGCUUGGAUUACAACUUAGCUGAGUGGUCUGGUUUUUUGAGUAAUUAUGCAAAGUAGCCUGUACAUCAAGUGAAAUUUCUUUUACAUGAUCUCUACCCAAAAAUAGGAAUUCCUGUACCUCUCAAAAGGUGCCCUAAUGGUUUGUGAGGACACUGCCUGUGUUCAUCUGUCUGUGUUCAUCUGUUAGGCAAGAGGUUGAACUUGUAGAGCUGAGGUAUUUUUAAAAACAAGCUGCAUGCUGGUGACACCUGGGCAACAUUUUAAAGCCAGUGAAAGGAGUAACCCCUGUGCAGGCAGCUUCCUUAGCACAUGGUGACCCCCAUGGUGACCCAUGGAAACUCUUGAGCCUUCUGGGUUUUUAGCAAGGCCUUAGCCUGGUGUGAGUGGCUCCAGGAAAGUUGUGUUUGGAGAUCAGAUGGCAGCUGCCCACUGGAAUUGCCUCAGCUGGGCAGGGCAGCUGGGGCAGUGAGACCAGCAGUGGGUUCUGCUUCAUCCUAUGGGGCAGGAGUUGGUUACCUCAAGUGCCUUGCAGAGCUGCACUGGAUUUCCUGUCCCUAUGAGAUUAAAAAAACAAAACAAAGGAACUGAAACCACUUGUGAUGGUGUCAGUGAGACAGAGUCCCCUUGUAGAGACUCUAGCAGGCAGAGCUGCUGUUCAGCUGCCAGGUAUUGGGGUUGCUUGGCUUGGGUUGCUCUGUCUGGACCAGCAGCUCCCCUUGAAGCCAUCAGCAGCUGCAUUGGUGCAGGAUGUGUCCCUGGGGCAGGAACCAGUGCUGUCCUCCCAAAGCCUUUCCCUGGCCUUCUGGGGACCUUCUGUGACUUCAGGGGGGCUCAGGAAUUGUUGCCAUUUUCAUGCAGUGGGUGCAGAUGACCAAUGCUGUCUGCAAGGGUGUGCAAGGCCAAUGAGUUUGUGUGCUUGGCCUUCCUGGUGAAAUUCUGCUAAAGCCUGGAAUGUAAUUAGUGCAGCUUUGUGAAAGGUUGAGUGGGAGAUUACAUUACCUUUUCCUGAGAGUGCUUUGCUAAAUCAAAUAUUUGAACACUUUGUUUGAACUGAAUGAAGGUGCUUCUUUAAUGUUAAGCAGGAUUUUGUUACUUUGCCUGUUGUCCUUUGUGUCCUUUGAGGCUUUGGGUUUGUUUGGGUUUUUUUGGAACUCCUGUCACCAGCAUACCAUAAUCCAUGUGUUGAUAUCACAGCCUUAUUCUCCAGUCAUAAAUACCAGUGCCCUUUCUAGAUCUAAGCCUUGUAGUCAGGAUGAGAGAGAAAUCUCUUCAUUUGGUAGUGAGAUACCUGUUCUGCACCACCUGCCUCCUCUCCUCUCCCUCUUCACAGCUUCAGCCUGCUGAACUGGGAGCACUGGUGUCAGUAUUUGUACAGAGCACUUGGCAGCACUCAGAGAUUUGUCUGAAGCUUUCUGUGGACUCAGACAAAUCCUACACUUCCUACGAGGUGGGACACGUGUUCAGGUUUGGAGCUGCUCUGCCCCAAACUGAAAAGCCAAGAGAAAGGAGAGAAGGAUCCUGAAUUAAUCUGAACUCUGCCAUGAACUCAGUUACUGUGAUGUGUCUUAAAAGAUUGAGCUGUACAAGCAGCAAUCACUUAUGUGGCCAACAUCAAGUUGCCUCCUACGACCUCAUUUGAGCUGUUCAGAACCUGCCUCUGCAGGAUUUUUUUUAUUUUCUUUAUUUUCUUGGAACCAGGGAACUCUUACUGCAGAAUGUGUGGUAAUCCUGGGGAGCAUAUGGUGGGAGAAUGUCAAUGAGGGGAGGAGCAGAAUCUGAAAGAUUGUGAAGAAAUAAAUACUCCCCCCCUUAACUGGAGGGUUUGGCCCUGCUGAAUACCAAAGGGGAGACCUUGCAAAAGAAAAUCUGUCUGCCUUGUGGGCACCAAGGAGUGAUUCUUAAAGCAUUUGAUGAAUUAUUUUAAGCUAUGGCUGGCAUUUAUGGCAGAUGAAGCAAGAAAGAGGAAUGUCCUCUGGUUCUAGGGAGCUAAGUGAAUGUGGGUUUCAUGUAUUUCUAGUGAGUUUUUAGAGAAUAAAUUUUCAGCAUCACUGUGCAAGCUUUUGCUGUAUUAAUGGAAAGGAAAAGGGAUGCAGUUCUGAAGUGUUCUGUUGUAGAAGACUUUAUACCACAAGGGAAGUUUUAACCUGACUCCUAAGGCACAAGAAUUUGCUGCAGACUUUAAUUUGCUGAAUGUUUUAGAGCAUACACUUUAAUUUCAGCUAACUGUUGUUAGGGCUGAUUGGUUCUCCUCUUAAUUCUGACCAAACUUUACUUUUUUCCUCUUAAGAUGUGUGUUUGAAACAUGAUUAACUAGGAUGCAGCUAACAAAGUUGUAAAACCUGUUUCCUUUUUUAUUGUAGGGAUGGGAAAAAAAAUCACAGCUGGGACUAGGAUGUGUUGUCAGGUUUUGAUUUCUACCCAUAACUUCAUUGUUUCCAAUUAAUUUUUAAUUUCUCCCUUUUAAAUAGUGAAACAUAAUUAAUAAUUUCAAGCCUGUUUAUUUAUGACAUUAUUGUGAUUUUUUUUUUUAUUAUUACAGUACUAAAGACUAAUGAAAACAGAUCCUCUUGUUAGGUGGAGUAGACCUUGCAUUAUUUUUUUCCUGCAAUGUAUGAAGUAUUGUACCAGAGUAUUAAAUGAAAAUGUAAUAUUUUAUUGAAAAAUCUCUUAUCCUUUAAAAGGAAUACAUUUAGGAUGUCAUCAAUUUGAUGUGAAUCAUGUAAAUGUUGAGAAUGUGCUGUUUAUUAUACAUCUAGUGUUCCAAAAGACUCACUGACUGCCUUUUGCCCACCUACCUUCUGUAGACCAUUUACAGUUGUCAAAAUGUGACAUUAAAAUAAUAGUUAAUGUAUAGAAA